AAGCUAGAGGUGGUGGGCAUAAAGAAGGAUGUGAGAGGGCGGAGAUAGACGGCCCCAAAAAAAAGAGAGACCAGGAAAACGCUAUAAAUGAGGCACCCCCAUCCCAUCACAGCGUAGUUGAGAAAGUCUCCCUCAUCCUCCGGUCUCCAUGAAGCCUUCUCUCCUAGCCUUCCUCCUCUUCUCAUUCUUCCAUCUAUGCUAUUGUGCCCAACGCUAUGAUGCAAUAUUUAGCUUUGGGGACUCCCUUUCUGAUGCCGGAAACCUCAUUGUCAAUAACGCCAGCGCUUAUCUCACCUCCAAGUGGCCUUAUGGCAUGACCUUCUUCCACAAGGCCACAGGCCGAUGUUCUGAUGGACGCUUGUUCAUCGACUUCAUUGCCGAGGCGGUUGGACUGCCGUUGCCUCCACCGUCUUUGAAGCCUGGCGAGGACUUCCAAAAAGGAGCGAACUUUGCCACCACCGGCGGCACAGUACUCGACUAUAGUUUCUUUCAGCAAAGAGGUCUCACCAAAUCUUUAUUUACCACCGAUAACAUGAAAACCCAGCUCUCGUGGUUUGAGAAGAUGAAGCCCUCCCUCUGCAGCACAACCCAAGACUGCAAAGACUACAUUGGCAAAUCUCUGUUUGUCUUCGGAGAGUUUGGAGGGAAUGAUUACAAUGCUUUCUUGUUCUCGGGCAAGAGUAUGGAUGAAGUGAGGAAGAAUACUCCCAAUAUCGUCGAUGGCCUUGCAGAUGGUGUCGAGAGACUGAUCAGCAACGGGGCUGUGGAUGUGGUGGUGCCGGGAAUUCUGCCCAUAGGAUGCUUUCCUUUGUACCUGCAGCUGUACAAAAGUUCUAACAAAGACGACUACAACCAGUUCGGAUGCCUGAAGAAGUAUAAUAAAGUGGCCUCCUACCACAAUCAGUUGUUAAAGAUCAAACUGCAAGAGCUCCAACAGAAAUACCCGGGGACGAGGAUCAUCUAUGGAGAUUUGUAUAAUGCGGCGAAGCAAUUUGUGGUAAAUCCCAAAAAAUAUGGAUUUACCAAUGGGGCCCUGAAAGCUUGCUGUGGGGGAGGUGGUCCUUACAACGUCAAUCUAGACUACAGGUGUGGUCAAACGGGCUCGAAUGUAUGUAACGAUCCCUCCACAUAUGCGAGUUGGGAUGGCAUCCAUUUUACUGAAGCGGCUAAUCGCUACAUUGCCGACGGUUUGCUGAGAGGUCCCUUUGGCAAUCCACCCAUCAUGAGCUAGCUUUGGCACCAAUUGAAGGGGAACAUUGAGAGUAGCUCAAGGAGGAACAUCCCCUGUUACUAUAUUUUUAUUUGUUGCUAUAGGUUUUGUUCAGGACUGUGGCCAUUUUUUUUUUCCAUUUAUCCACCAAAAGUAUAAUUCGCUUGACCAAUAAUUAAGGUGUAAACUGUUAUAAUUCACUUGACCAAUAAUUAUGGUGUAAACUGUUCGAUUGUCAGGAAUAUUGAGGCUUAUUGCCGAUGGCUGUGUAUUAGUAUAUUGAAAUAGUUAUUUAGUUAUUCUAUA